UUACCGUGCUGUUCACCGAGGAGCCUAUUUCAGGCCGUUUAUCGUGUGUGGUGUCCCCCCAGUGUCGUGAUAUGUCCUUUGAUUGGCUCAUUUGUCAGUAAUUACUAUAUAUAAUUCCUCUCUAAUGCGCCCGUUGUCUCUUUCAACAUGAGAGCUUUCUCUCGCUGAACGUAUAUAAACAUCCCAAUCAGCUUUUCUCUUUAUCCACUACGCUCUUCUCUCACUAUAUCAUUAGUAACCGUCAGAGUAUGUCCGUUCUUGCAAACGAUACACGUAUUGUCUCGACCAGGGAGGCCCUUGACAGAGUAACGUCCCAAGCAUCUUUCUUCGAUAACGUGGUUGUUAGAACUUUGGAUGCUUAUCAGACGCUAUUCCUCAGUUUUGCUACAGAGUUCUGUGCGAGAGCGUUGGAAAAGAUGCUGUCAUCCAGAGGAAUCAUGUUGAUUCCUGCAAUUACCCUUGAUUGCUUCUUCUGCAUGUUUGGCUUUGUCACUGCAGUAAAGAUCACAAUGAUCAAAGUUGUGCUCAUAAUUGCACAUAAUUCGACCCGUCCGGUGACUCCACCAGGCCCUGGGAGCACAAAGCGUCAGUCAGUGACCAUCAACAAGAUUGGAGCCGUUGAAUUGAUCGAUUUUAUCGACUUCCUGAUUCCUGCAGAGGUUGCAGAGCACAUUGUCAUUGGCUUUGGUGUCAUUCCAAAGAAUAGUGUUUAUCACCUGGACGACGAAACGUUACAGCUGGAGUUUCAGAAGUAUGGCUACGAAUCUGUGCAGCAGCUGGUACUGUUUGACAAUACAGAGGGCUCAAGGGGUUAUAGGAAUGUGUUGUUCGAUGCAUUCUAUGCAGUACACACAGAUGGGUUCCAUAGUUUGGUGCUUAGUGCCAUCUUUGGCCCAUUGGGCUUGCUGGAAGCCGUGUCCAGCGCACACUGGAACAAUGGCUCCUUUGAGCCAACGAACGGGCUAAGCACGGAGUGGUGUACCCUGUCAAGCUUCGUAAAGAAGGAAGUUGACGAUGAUUACCUCAGUGCCUAUAGAACCCGUUUAUCAGCAGCACAGGAGUCAGCGGAGUUCAACGGGUGCAUUUCCGGCUCAAUUGACAGUACAAUUGGAUAUGGCCAAUACUGGAGCAACUCAAUUGGAGGUGUGAAUGGUGAUUGUAACUGUUAAACAGAGGCAUAACAUCCCAUAUCGUGUUAUAUGACUGAGAUGCAAUUUUGGCGCAAUAAUGGCUCUAGUUUUCCAGAUCGGGUAAUUACGCUCGUAUAGAGCGAAAAACAAACCCGCUGCUUCGCCAAUUUUUCACCGAAUUUUUCUCGUUUGGCGCGAUGUAUUUCCUAAACCGGAAAUAAAGGGAUAAGCAGCGCCGACCUCUGAACGAGUUUUCGAAAUUUUGUUCAGACGAAUCGUUUGAUAAAACACAUCAACACGGUGGUAAAAUACACGAAAGAGCACCUUCCGUUGAAACGAGAAUGGGUAAAUUACUCCAAUUGGCUCUUCAUCCCGAUGAAUUGGCGUCUAUCGUCCAAUUGUAUGUGAUCUGAUUGUGCUUUCGUGCCCAUGUUACUGACCUGGUGUGUAGUAAGCUGUUCAGAAAGAACGAGAAUGCUCGUAAUCCAGC